AUAAAUUGCUGCCAAAUGAUAACCCCAAGAAAGAAGUUAAUAUUCAAUAGCCUCAGUAUUCCGUCUGGACGUUACUGGCGUGAGUUCCGCAGGAGCCAGUCCGUUGUUUACCUUUGUAAGGAGAACCCAGACGCAGGGAAGCGAAUCAAACUAGUACUUCGGAUUUCGGUGCUUCCAAUUUGUGAACAAGGCCCAUCGAUGGAAAGGACGUCAUGUAAUCAACUAUCAGACUUGUUUCAUUUUUUAUAUUCUUCUUAGACUUGGAGGAUUGUCGAUAACGACGGAACCAGGUCGGGGCGAGCGGGUUCCGGCGCCCCACUUCGCUGGAGUCCUAUAGGUACAUAUAUCUAUUAUCUCUUCCAGCGCCCCUGAAGCUUUUGUCGUUUUUAAUCUGCGGUGCCCGGCGGCAAGUAGUCUGAUUUAUGUGCCGAGCUGCUGAACGAAGUCAUCUCAUUUGUGUGUUAAAAUUUCAAGUCGUUCGAUUUAUCUGUCGUUCGCAGGAAGACUAAAAAAUGGAAGAAUUUGUUCUGCCUGCUGGCUUGCUACGCCUUCUGUGAAGCUGUGCUCCUCUGAGAUGAAUGAAUGUGACAGUCAAGCAACUGAUAAUUUCAAUGAAGAAAGAGAAUCUUCAUCAUGUAAUGAAAAAGAAGGUGCUGCGAUCAAUGAGAAGUGUUUUAGUGACGAGGGAGGUCCAACAACGGGUAUUGAAGAAGGUGAGUUUAAAAGGAUUUCAGACUUGACAGUAGACGAGGUACAUGCACUACAAUUUGAUAAUGAAGAGGAUGCUUAUUAAUUUUACAACAAUAUGCCAAAUGUUAUGGAUUUGUAGUUAGAAAACAUAAUGUGGCUCGUAAUAGUAGCAAAAAUGUGAUCACGCGACAUUAUGUAUGUAAUAGACAAGGUCUACGAAACCCAAAACAUUUGGCAAGGACAGAUAGGAAAAGAGAUCAUAAACCUUUCACUCGGACCAAUUGUCGUGCAAGAUUCAAUGUACGUUACAAUUUAAAAACAUCAAGCUAGAUAGUGAUUUGUUUUGAAGAGGCUCAUGACCAUGAAUUGACCCCUUUAAAGUUUGUGCAUUUAUUACCUGCUUACCGUGGAAUGACAGAUGCAGAUAAAGCACAGAUUGAUAGCUUGCAUUCACAUGGAAUUGGAACAUGCCAUAUAAUGGCGUACAUGGUGGGUCAAAAGGGUGGAUAUAAUAACAUUGGUUAUACAAAAAAAGAUUUAUAUAACUAUUUUGAUAGCAAAGCACGAGACGAGAUUAAAGAUGGAGAUGGUGUUGCUGCAUCGAGCUAUCUCCAAGGAAAGCAAACCAUGACCCCAUGCUGUAUAACAAAUUCUCAACUACUAGUGAUGGUAGACAAACGCCUUUUCUGGGCAGAUGGAGAUAGCAGAUUUGAUUUUUCAUGUUUUGGUGAUGUUAUUGCUUUUGACACGACGUACAAAAAGAACAAAUACAACUACCCUCUUGUUAUUCUCUCGGGUUGUAAUCACCUUUUACAGACAACUAUAUUUGGUUGUGCUUUGGUUUCAGAUGAAACAACUGAAACAUAUACAUGGGUAUUGAAAUCUUUUCUGGAAGCGAUGAGAAACAAACAUCCACAAGCAGUAGUGACAGACAUCGAUGGUGUUGUGAGAGAGGCCGUAAAAGUGAUAUUUCCAAAUGCUUUUCAUAGACUAUGUGCAUGGCAUUUGCACAAGAACGCUUGUGAGAAUGUGAAGAUCGCUCCAUUUAUGAAGGACUUCACCAUGUAUUCAAAUUUUACGCGUGAGAGAUUUGAGGAUUUUGGGGAGAUAUGAUUAUGCAACAUGACCUUGUGGAAAACAGAUGGGCAUCCAAAACCUACAAUAAUAGAUAUUUGUGGGCCAUUGCUUAUCUGCGGGAUCAGUGUUUUGGUUAUCUACGGACUACAUCUCAAUGUGAAUCCAUUAACACAAUCAUUAAGGCAUAUAUUAGGAAGAAGUGCACUUUUUUUGAAUUCAUGCAUAAUUUUGAGCAAGCCUUGAGACAGUAUAGAAACAAUGAGUUUGUUGAUGAUUUUAGAUCUUCAUACGCAGCACCAGUGCUAACAACAUCACUUCGACAGAUCCAGGAGGAUCCUGCGAAAAUAUUUACGAACGAGAUUUUUCAAGAAGUGAAAGAUCAAGUUAUAAAGGGUUGUUCAUUAAUUGUUAAAGAGCGAGUACUAAACGAAGAGCAAGUCAUAUUCCGAUUGACGAAGUAUUGUGAUCCUGAUUAUGAAACUGAAGUGCUCUAUCAAUCUGAAAAGCUAGAAUUUUCAUGUGCAUGUAAGCGAUUUGAGUCUCGCGGAGUUCCGUGCUCACAUAUUAUUUGUGCUAUGAAAGAGGAGCAUCUCGACCAUAUUCCGCGUCAUUUAGUUUUAACGCGUUGGUCUAAAAAUGCUAAAGCUUCUUCAAUGUUGUCUGAAUGGUCUGAAUCCUUAGAUUCUGAUGCCAUGGAGGCAGCUCGCUUUGCAGCCUAUAGUGGCGCGUGUAUGAGGUUUUGCAAGGUUGGCGCAAAAAGGAGUGAGUUAUACAAUGAAGUAAUGGAUGACAUAAUGCUAUUUACUAAAAAAUAUGAGAUGUUGGAGAUGAAGAAUUCAGACGAUCCCAUUGGUUCAAGUGGUUCAUCGCUUAAGCACAUAGGUGACCCAAAUAUAGUGAAGACUAAAGGAGCUCCAAAAAAGAAAAAACUCAGUAUUAAGAGGUUGUGGCAUUGUUCAAAGUGUGGUAGCACAUAACACAACACAAGAACAUGUAGGAAAGGAAAAGAUAAGCAUGCUAGUGAAUCAUCUCCUUCAAAUUGUUCAGAAUCUAGCUCAAGAUCUGAUUGUGUCAGUAUUUUGUAUUCGAAAAGUCAUAAUUUAUUUCAUCAUAAUAAUGGAAUAAUGUAUAGAUAUAGUAACUUUUCUUAUUACAAGGAUUAAUGUGCAAACCUAGCGCUUGCCAUGAUUUGAAGAAAAAAACAUCAAAAGGCG